AUGGCGGACUCAGCGGCAACUGGCGCUAGCAUCGCCGAACAAUACUCGCUCCUUCCCAAGCUUAUGCCCAACCUCGACCGCCACCUCAUCUACCCGCUCCUCAACUUCUCGAGCGAUGAAGAGGCCGAACAGACAGUCGAGCAGAAGAAGCUGCUCCUCGAACUUCUCAAGCCCACAAACAUGACCGAUUUCGUCGGCCAACUGCACCAGGACGUCCACGGCCUCUCCGACAUGUCUGACGAGUACAAGAAAAAGCGCGAGGAGGUCCUGCAGAAGCGCGACCAGCUCGAGGAGGCCACCAGCAAGAUUAGCGGUCUUUUGGAUGACGAGAACGUCGUUACCAACCUGAGGAGUGACAAGCAGCAGAACUUGGCCUACCUCAAGGAGAGCCACGGCGUCGACAUGGAAAUGGUCAACCAGCUGCUCGAGUUUGGUCAGUUCCAAUACUCGUGCGGUGUCUACCCACAUGCUGCAGAGCUGCUCUACCGAUUCAGAGUUCUGACCACCGAUGGUGACAAGGAACGCGAAGCCACGUGGGGUAAGCUCGCCUGCGAGAUUCUGUCCGUCAACUGGGACUCGGCCAUGGAGGAGAUCAACAAGCUCAAGGAGAUUAUCGACACGCGCCUCUUCAACAACCCUCUCGCACAACUGCAGCACCGCACCUGGCUGAUCCACUGGUCGCUCUUCCCCCUCUUCAACCACGAAACCUCGCGCGAAACCCUCACCGACAUGUUCUUCUCCCCCGCAUACAUCAACACCAUCCAGACAAACUGCCCCUGGAUCCUGCGCUACCUUGCUGCCGCCGUCAUCACCGGCCGCAACCGCGGCAGGAACUCGAACCAGUACCAGAAGCAGCUCAAGGACCUGAUCAGGAUCGUACGUCAAGAAGGCUACGAAUACAGCGACCCUGUCACCGACUUCAUCAAGGCCUUGUACAUUGACUUUGACUUUGAGGAGGCACAAAAGAAACUCAGCGAGACCGAGGAGAUUCUCAAGAACGACUUCUUCCUGUUGGGCGCGGCAGACCAGUUUGUAGAUGCGGCCAGGCAUCUGAUUUCUGAGAGCUACUGCAAGAUUCACCAGAGAAUUGAUAUCAAGGACCUCUCAACACGUCUCGGUCUCUCCCAGGAUGAGGGUGAGAAGUGGAUUGUCAACCUCAUCCGCGACACGCGCGUAGACGCAAAGAUUGACUACCAAGCCGGCACAGUCGUCAUGAACCAUCCCCCACAAUCCGUCUACCAACAAGUCAUUGAGCGAACGAAGGGCGGCUUCUUCAGGACCCAAGUUCUCAGCGCGGCCGUUGCCAAAUGA